AUAAAUCUGUCAGGGUUAUGCGCUCAUUGUUGGCAGCCCAGCAGACGUUUGUAGAUCGGCUGGUUCAUCUAAUGAAAGCAGUACAGCGUGAAAGUGGGAAUCGUAAGAAAAAGAAUGAGAGGCUACAGGCAUUGUUAGCAGAUAAUGAAAAGAUGAACUUAGCAGAUAUGGAACUCAUUCCACUUCCACUGGAACCUCAGGUGAAAAUUAAAGGGAUAAUCCCUGAAAAAGCCACACUCUUCAAGGUAAAUAAGAUCUUCUGAA